UGCCAGGCGGUCUUGGCCCUCCUCAGGGCAUGAUUCCCAUGCAACAACAAGGCUUCCCUAUGAUGUCGGUCAUGCAGCCCAACCUGCAAGGCAUGAUGGGUGUGAAUUACGGCUCUCAGAUGCCUCCGGGAACAAUGACCAUGCAGGGAGGCAUGCCUUUGGGUCCAAUGUCUACAGCUGGGAUGCCAUACAUGGGGCAGGCUCCCUUCCUCGGAAUGCGCCCAGCAGCUCCUCAGUACACCCCUGAUAUGCGGAAGCAGUUUGUCGAAGAGCAGCAGAAAAGAUUUGAACACCAGCAAAAGUUUCUGGAAGAGGAAAGGAAAAGGCGCCAGUUUGAGGAGCAGAAACAAAAGCUAAGGCUUUUGAGCAGUGUGAAACCAAAGAUGGGUGAGAAAAGCAGAGACGAUGCCUUGGAAGCUAUUAAAGGGAACCUGGAUGGGUUUUCCAGGGAUGCUAAACUGCACCCUACGCCAACGUCUCAUCCCAAAAAUGCAGAUCAUCCCACACCAUCCCAUUCCACCAUGUCUGUCUUCUACACCUCUGCCUUUCUUGACGACGAGGAGUUUAGUGACUUUAUGCAGGGGCCCGUCGAAGCCCCGGCUCUCGUGCCUCCAACCUCUUCCCAGCCUUUUCAGUCUUGCCAGCCUUCUUCCCAGGCCGGGCAGCGGCUUUCCAAGAAGGCUGUGGCCCAGCCUCUCCCUCCAGUCCAGAUUCCAGUGUCCUCCAUCCUGCAUGGUACCACUGGGCAGGGUCCUUAUUUCUCUGCUUCUGCAACUUCACAAAACACUCAGAAAACAGGUGUUGGUGUAUUUCCUUCACAGGACCCAAUCCAGCAACUGAUGCCCCCGUGGAUUUACAACGAUAGUUUAGUUCCAGAUUUAUACAAGAAAAUUUUAGAAACCACUAUGACGCCUACUGGGAUAGACACUGGCAAAUUGUAUCCUGUUCUGAUGUCGUCGGGUCUUCCCAGAGAAACUCUUGGGCAAAUAUGGGCCUUAGCCAAUCGUACCACGCCUGGGAAGCUUACAAAGGAAGAACUGUAUACUGUUCUAGCUAUGAUCGCAGUAACUCAGAGGGGAGUUCCAGCCAUGAGUCCUGACGUUUUAAACCAGUUUCCAUCUGCCCCUAUCCCUACGCUAAGCGGGCUUCCAGUGACGAUCCCUGUCACAGUGAGCCAACAGCCGAUGAUGUCCCCGGGACUGCCAGUCUCCAUGGCUCUUAGUAUCAGGCCGUCAGUGGUGGGGAUGAACUUGGCCGCACCAGUUGGGGGAGCUGCAGCGCAGGUUCCCAGUGGCUUUCUGCAGUCUUUCCCUGCACAUCAGGCAGCCAAACCAGAAGAUGACGAUUUCCAGGAUUUCCAAGACGCUUCCAAGUCUGUGGGGCUUGAUGACACUUUCACGGAUUUCCAAGGGGAUGUGUCUGGAUCUACCAAGACGACAACAGCACAGCACCAGAGCAGUGCUCCUCCGAUGCUGAUACCUCUGUCUGGCCCAAAAGCGCCUUCUGCUGUGGAUAAGUACGCUGUUUUUAAAGGGAUUGCAUCUGACAAGCCUGCUGAAAGCCCGGCUUCACUUGGAGUAGAUUACGGAGACAAAUACAGUGCUUUUCGAGAGCUGGAGCAGCCGUCUGAGAGUAAACCUCUAGGAGACAGCUUUGCAGAAUUCAAAUCGGCCGGGGCAGAUGACGGCUUCACGGAUUUCAAAACCGCCGACAGCAUCUCACCACUAGACCCACCUACAAAAGAUAAAUUGUUUCCUGCACCUUUCUCCUCUCUACCUGCACAAUCAAAGCAGCAACGACAAGCAAAACCUUCUCUGAAUCUAGCUGACUUGAGUCUGUUUUCCUCAGCCUCUGCUGGAGAGAACAGGUCUCUUCAGUUUCCAGUCUCUUACAAUUCACUGAAGCCAGCGUCUUUCCCUGUGCCACCACCCCCAACGUCCACCUCCACCACCACUUUGCCAAUGCCCAGCAAUAGCUCCAUCUUAGCCAACGACUUUGCCGACUUCAACCUUUUUGGGGGGCUACCAAGUUGUCCCCCAGCCCACGCUCAGGAUGAAUUUGCAGAUUUCAUGGCUUUCAACAACAGCGCCAGCUGCAGAGAGCAGAAGCCAGGCGAAACAGCCAGCGGUUUCAAGCCGGAUGCCAGCCCUGUCCCUCCGACUGCAAAGAGUGGGCAGAGCCCUCCCUCCUCAGCUGCCCCCACAAAGUAUGACAUCUUCAAACAGCUCUCUCUGGAUGGCUCUGGGUUAGGCUUUGAAGAAACAAAAGACCACACCCCUUCGUCCACAAAGAGUGAAGACGACUUUGCCGACUUCCAUUCCAACAAAUUUUCCUCCAGUUCUGACAAAUCCCUGGUUGACAAACUGGCAGCUUUCAAGCACGCCAAAGAGGACUCUGCCUCCGUCAAGUCUCUGGACCUCCCGUCCAUAGGGGGCAGCAGCGUGGGCAAGGAAGACUCUGAAGAUGCACUCUCUGUCCAGUUUGACAUGAAACUGGCGGACGUGGGAGGAGACCUUAAGCAUGUCAUGUCUGAUAGCUCUUUGGAUUUGCCAACCGUUAGCGGCCAGCAUCCGCCGGCAGCAGAUCUUGAUGACUUGAAAGGUGCCCCCUUUGGAAGCUACAGCCAUGGCUCUAGUCUGAGUAGCUUUCCAAGCUAUGACUGGUCCGAUAAGGAAGACACCUACCAGAGCAGGAAGUUCCCCUCCUUCCCGCUUCCCCCCGGAAGUGGCUCCUCCUCUGCUACCUCUGUCCUCCAGAAGAAAGAGACCUUGUUUGGCAGUUCGGAAAACAUCACCAUGACCACCGUUUCUAAAGUAACAACUUUUGCUAGCGAGGAUGCUCUCCAGGAUGUGAAGUUUUUGCCCUUUGCAAACUUCAAAGGUUCAGAUUCUCCGUCUGUGGACCAGAGCGAUGAUGACGUGGAAGACUUCGGGGAAUUCGCAAGGCCUUUGGGAGAAGUGGCCGAAGCUCCAGCUGCGAUCCAAAAGGUGGGUGCCGGCGGUGCCUCCUUGGGUGUAACUAAAGAAGGCACAGAUGACUUUGGAGAGUUUCAGAGCGAGAAGCCAAAGAUCAGCAAGUUUGACUUCUUACUGGCCACUUCCCAAGGAAAAAUGAAAUCUAGCGAAGAAAUGAUCAAGAGCGAGCUUGCAACCUUCGACCUCUCUGUGCAAGGAUCUCACAAAAGGAGCUUGAGCUUGGGUGACAGAGAGAUAAACCACUCCUCACCUUUGCCAGCCCUGGAGCAGCCGUUCAGAGAUCGCUCAAAUACCCUGAGUGAGAAGCCUGCCCUGCCUGUCAUCAGAGACAAGUAUAAAGAUCUAACGGGGGAAGUAGAGGAAAGCGAGAGGUAUGCUUAUGAAUGGCAGAGAUGCUUGGAAAGUGCUCUCCAAAUCAUCAAAAAGGCAAACAACACCCUGAAUGGAAUCAGCAGUUCCUCUGUGUGCACAGAAGUCAUCCAGUCUGCCCAAGGCAUGGAGUAUUUGCUAGGGGUUGUGGAGGUUUACAGAGUGACCAAGCGAGUGGAGCUGGGCAUCAAGGCAACAGCCGUCUGUAGUGAGAAGCUCCAACAGCUGCUGAAGGACAUCGACAAAGUCUGGAACAACCUGAUCAGCUUCAUGUCGCUCGCUGCUUUGACGCCUGACGAAAACUCGCUGGAUUUCUCUUCUUGCAUGCUUCGCCCAGGAAUUAAAAAUGCUCAAGAGCUGGCUUGUGGUGUGUGCCUCUUGAAUGUCAAUUCUAGAAGCAAAAAAGAAGAGAAGCCUGCAGAAGAACCUCCUAGAGAAGCCUUUAAUUCGGAGACUGACAAUUUCAAACUUGCUUACGGAGGGCACCAGUACCAUGCCAGCUGUGCCAACUUCUGGAUCAACUGUGUGGAGCCCAAACCCCCCGGUCUCAUUCUGCCUGACCUGCUGUGA